GGUUGAGAUAGCAUCAUUAACUAUAUUGAAGAUGGGAUUGGCCAUGAGUUUGAUGGGAAAAGGUUUGCCUACAACACAGAUGGUGAAUUUGGUGAUGGGAACACUUGAAAGACAGUUCAUAGAUAAAGAGAUCAAAACUUUUGAGGACUUUCAUAUGGCAAUGCUUCAUAUUUUCAGUACUUUCAACUCUGCAUUGCCUGGUAAACACUAUGAUGUUCCUUCUCCAGAGGAAGUUCAGGCAUGCUAUGGUGAAUGGAAAGCCGCCCGGAACGAGGCGGUAAAGAAGGAAGUGUUGGUGAAAUUCAUAAAGGAGAAGGUGAAUCUAAGCAGGUUGGAUGAAUCCACACUCAUCACAGGGAUAGUAACACCACCAGCAGCUAUGGCAGCCAAGAGAGCAGGUGAGAGUGUACCUCAGCUAAAGCUCAUCAAGGCCAUCCCCGACGUCAUUUUCGUGCCAUCCGCCACCUUCUUGGCCCUCGUCUCUGUCAAGCUAUCCAGGAAGAUGUUCCGUGACAACACCGCUGCAUAAAACUCAACCACCAGAAUUUCCUACAUACUGUAAUUUAUAUUGCAUGAUGAAGAAACUUGUAUUUAGAUGAAUCAAAGGAUAAAUAAUAUGCAAUUUCUAAGUUUUCUACUGCCAUCAA